AUGGCGGAGCCCAUAGCACACACGCCCUCCCCUCAACCCGACCUUAAUCGAAACCGACUCCCUACCCUGUUCGAGGUCCUCAGCAGGCGGACGCUCCCGCCCGUCGAUCUGUUCUCCUUCUACAUUUAUAUGAGAGACCAGCAGCGCUCUGUCGACUACCUCGAUUUCUGGCUCGAUGUCGCCCAACACAUGUCACUAUGCCGUCACUAUGUUCGCGAAUUGCGACGUUCCGUUCUUGUCGGCACGCCUGAGCCCGACCGAAGCUCCAAACGAUCAUCCGCCAUUCUUGAGAGCAUGGGAGAUUUGAACCCCGUCGCAGGACCGUCUAUGUGGGCGUCGGAGAAGGAGAAGGAUCAGGACGCGCAAAUGUCUGCCUUCCUGCGCGAGGAUCGAUCGAUCGCGCAGGAGUCCCCGCAAAGCAGCAGCGACCGCCGUGGUCGUCCGAGCAACCUCAGCAACCAGCGCGAAUUCACUACCGACUCAAAUUCCCCAGCGCAUGCCGUAGCGCGCGACGAUAUCAGAGCCUCAGCCGAGAAGAUUCUUUACACCUUCCUCCUUCCCGGCGCAGAACGCGAGAUUACUCUUCCUGGUUCCAUCACUUCGGAUGUCACAACUGCUAUUGAGGAUUAUGGACGCGAUGACCCGGAGGUGUUCGAUGUGGCCAAGGAUUAUGUGUUCCAGGCCAUGGAGAGGGACGCGUUCCCCGGCUUCCUUAGGAUGAAGGCCCUCGGAAACCUCAUUCCCCCUACAUUAAUGCUGCGCCUCAUGGUUGGUCUCGUGGCCAUGUUCGGUGGCUUCUGGACUGCCUUCAUCCUGAUCUUCCUUAACGAAUCUCGCCUAACAAGGUGUUGGGUCAUCCUGCCUUUCACCAUUGGAGUUUACUGUCUCUGUUCAUAUCAGUACUCACUCGACCCCAUUCUCGCCCUCAUCGGACUGAGCGAAUAUACCCCUUUCAAUUUCUCCCGAGUUCGGGAGCCAUACGUCCGAAAACUCCUCGCCCAGAGAUCCAUGGUGGUUCUCGCCGUCACUGCAGUCAUAGACGCCGCGCUAUGCGUCCUGUUCAUUCUCGUACCGGGAAAACGACUAUGA